GCCAAAGAUCUGGAACUUGAAAAGACCGUGUAUAGCUUGAUUGAAAACAAAGGGAGUCAAGUGUAUUUCUUCUACACCGGACGCUCUCGCUUUCCUUGCAGUCGCAAUCCUUUCUUGUUCAGAGACAUGGCCAAGAAGUCGGGUGGUCAGCUGCUUCACAUUAAACGGCAAACUGUCGUCAAAUCUAGCGUGCUGACGCAGACAGUUGCGGAAGGAGUCACGGCCCUGCUGCUGUCUGUUGUGAAAAAAUCAAGAUCUGCCAGCUAUGUGUUUACCAUUGACCGUACAAUCACCAAGUUUACUGUAUCAGUGACGGGAUACAACAGUCUUAGUCGACUGAUGAGACCAGAUGGCAGUCAGUACUGGCAGGACCGGCUGUCUCGUAGUGGACAUUCACUUGUUACUGUUCCUGAGAAGGACGUUCUUGUAGGAGAAUGGACAGUGACAGUAUUGAGGAGUCUUCUUGAACAUACAGUCACUGUUCAGGCGGCCACUUCUAUUGAUUUUUUGUAUCAAUUUGUCGAAUUGGCUGGGAGACCCGGACAUCUUGGGGUCUUUCCUAUCAUUGGCCAACCGGUUGAAGGAGGUCUAUCAAAAGUUGUUCUGACUGUGGCUGGAAUGGCCAGUCUCAGGGAAGUAACCGAACUGAAUGUUAUGACAGAAUCCGGAGACAUUAUAGACACUCUCAACUCUUCUUGGCUGGAGGUGGGUCGGCGUGGCUCGUCCAAUAUGUUUGGAGUGGCUUUUACAACUCCUAAGGCAUCAUUUCGACUAGCGAUGACUGCUGUUGAUGAGACUGGAACAGUAGUUCGUCGGUUGGCAAAUACCAUCGUGACUGCACAGCCAUUCAAAACACGCCUUGAUAGUCAAUCCAACCAAGUGGUCAAACCAGGUAAUCGGUCUGAUGUCACUUUCAAGGUCUAUCCAUCUGCAGACGAAAGUGACGUGGAGAUAAGUAUGAAUAUUGAGGAGACUAGUCUCCUUGAAGAUCCAAUGAUCGAUGUCAUAAUACAAGAGGCUGAUGGAAGUCUUGUUCCUCUUCGCAAGAAACGUCAAACUGCUGACUUGUCAACGUCAAAAAUACGAGAAUUGAAAACCGUUGUCACUUUGAAGAAAGGACAGGUUGCUUUGGUCAAUGUUUCAUUUACUGUAUCAAAAACUGCAGAGACGGGUCACGUGAGCUCUGCAACAAUCGUCAUCGCUAGUGGCAAGUCAUUCAACUAUGUGCCAGUUGAACUAGUAACUGCUCCGCCGGUAGAUGACAAGACGCCACCUCGUUGUGAUAUUGUGGGUCAUACAGGCUGCAACUCUGAUUUAACAAAUGAGACGUGUGAUGACCAUACUUGGCAUGUCGACGCUCGAGUGGUCGACUUGGAAUUGGGACUGCUCAACAUCAGAAGUGAACAUCUUGCUGUCAAUGUUAGCCACUCGAAGUUCGACAAGAACAACACGUUGCCAGUCGAUGUAAAGGCUGUUGCUUCGUGUUGUCAUCGUCAAGUGUCACUUCACACAUCAGACAUUGUCGGCAAUGUUCAGACCUGUUCUGUCUCGUUGCCUCCACUCAAAUCUAUAAGAAAGACUGAAGUAACAUUACCACCAACUGUUAAGCUGGCAACUCCGCGACAAAAACCAACAAUUUCCAGCAAAGACUGUAAGCAUCAAUGGGAAAGGGAUGACUUUGUUGAAGCAAUAAUGAAGCAAUACGUACGUCAAGUUUCAGGACUUUCUGCUGAUGCCAAAUUGACGACAGUGCAGUUCAAUUUCCAUGUAAAGAGGAUGCUUGUUAACAAUUCAUUUCUAGAUGCUGACAUAAACAGAAAUGGUCAACUGUCAUCGGAUGAGGUGCAACAGUUUGUAUUCAGCUUAUACAAAAGGAGCCUUGUUGAUCAAGUAGAAUGCUUGUUGGAGUUCAUUGAGAGAUGUCGUGCUGAGAGGGACCGUUUGGACAUACAUUUAUGGAGAGAAUGUGCAGAAAAAGGAAACAUGAUGACUCCUACUACACAACCAAUACCUACAACAGAUACUCCUACAACAGAUGCUCCUACAACAGAUGCUCCUACAACAGAGACUGCUACAACAGAGACUCCUACAACAGAUACUCCUACAACAGAUGCUCCUACAACAGAGACUGCUACAACAGAUGCUCCUACAACAGAUAUUCCUACAACAGAUGCUCCUACAACAGAUAAUGCUACAACAGAGACUGCUACAACAGAUGCUCCUACAACAGAUGCUCCUACAACAGAUACUGCUACAACAGAGACUGCUACAACAGAUGCUCCUACAACAGAUACUGCUACACAACAGAGACCUACAACAGCACAAAUAACGCAGUCCAGUAAAAGCUGCCAAGAGCCUUUGGAAAGUGACCUAAUUGAACAAGGUAUGAAAGCAUAUCUGCGUCUAAUUUUGGGGCUAUCUGCGGACACUAAAUUAACAGAAAAGCAAUUCAGUCCUGUUAUAAGGGAUCUUGUUGUCAAAAAUUGGUUUCGAGAUGCCGAUCUAGACGGAAAUAGUCUACUCUCGUCGAGUGAGUUGAAACAGUUUGCAAGGAGCUUGUCUGAAAGGAAACUCACUGAUGGAGCAGAAUGCGUGUUGGCGUCCAUGGAGAGAUGUCGUGGUGAUAAGAAGUAUUUGGAUACUGAUGGAUGGGCAGCAUGUUCUGAAAAAGCAGGCGCACUGACACCAAGUAGCAUUGAUUAACCAACAUGCUAGCUACAUCUGUAAGGUGUAUGUUAGUGAUAUGUGUGUUGCAUGCUGCCGUCUAGCUGCUACUAUUGUGUGCUCUCUUCGUGUCUAUAAUUACAAUAGAAAAGCGCCGACAGAAGGCAACCAAAUUAAUCAACAAUAAUGGUUUAGAUUUGCAAAGGCCAACUUAGUAGUGACUUCCGUGUAGAGUAGAGGAAGGAGCAAUCUGGUAGCAGCAUCACAGAGAACUAUUACUCAUUGUUCAUAAUUCGUUCAGAUUUUUGAAAAUUGUGUAUGGUUGGGAAUACAGCUCCAACCCUACAUUUCUUCUAUCUAAUUAACUACUUCAUACUUUUAUGACAUUUGCAUUUGGAA